AUGAUUUUAAAAUCUUUUAUACUAGGUAAUCUAGUAUCCUUAUGCAUGAAGAUAAUCAAUUCGGUCGUUGUGGUCGGACUCUAUUAUGGAUUUCUGACCACAUUCUCCAUAGGGCCCUCUUAUCUCUUCCUUCUCCGAGCUCGGGUUAUGGAAGAAGGAACCGAGAAGAAAGUAUCAGCAACAACAGGUUUUAUUACGGGACAGCUCAUGAUGUUCAUAUCGAUCUAUUAUGCGCCUCUGCAUCUAGCAUUGGGUAGACCUCAUACAAUAACUGUCCUAGCUCUACCGUAUCUUUUGUUUUAUUUCUUCUGGAACAAUCACAAACACUUUUUUGAUUAUGGAUCUACUACCAGAAACUCAAUGCGUAAUCUUAGCAUUCAAUGUGUAUUCCUGAAUCAUCUCAUUUUUCAAUUAUUCAACCAUUUCAUUUUACCAAGUUCAAUGUUAGUCAGAUUAGUCAACAUUUCUAUGUUUCGAUGCAACAACAAGAUGUUAUUUGUAACAAGUAGUUUUGUUGGUUGGUUAAUUGGUCACAUUUUAUUCAUGAAAUGGGUUGGAUUGAUAUUAGUCUGGAUACAGCAAAAUAAUUCUAUUAGAUCUAAUGUACUUAUUAGAUCUAAUAAGUACAUUAGAUCUAAUAAGUACCUUGUGUCAGAAUUGAGAAAUUCUAUGGCUCAAAUCUUUAGUAUUCUCUUAUUUAUUACCUGUGUCUACUAUUUAGGCAGAAUACCGUCACCCAUUCUUACUAAGAAACUGAAAGAAACCUCAGAAACGGAGAAAAGGGGGGAAAGCGAGGAAGAAACAGAUGUAGAAAUAGAAACCACUUCCGAAACGAAGGGGACUAAACAGGAACAAGAGGGAUCCACCGAAGAAGAUACUUCUCCUUCCCUUUUUUCGGAAGAAAAGGAGGAUCCGGACAAAAUCGAUGAAACGGAAGAGAUCCGAGUGAAUGGAAAGGAAAAAACAAAGGAUGAAUUCCACUUUAAAAGGACACGCUAUCAAAAUAUAAAAAGACCUGUUUAUGAAACUUCUUACCCUCCGGAUGGAAAUAAAGAAAAUUCGAAGUUAGAAAUAGAUAAAAAAGAAAAAUCUCUCUUCUGGUUUGAAAAACCUCUUGUGACUAUCCUUUUCGACUAUAAACGAUGGAAUCGUCCAGUUCGAUAUAUAAAAAAUGAUAAAUUUGAAAAUGCUGUUAGAAACGAAAUGUCACAAUAUUUUUUUUAUACAUGUGAAAGUGACGGAAAAGACAGAAUAGUUUUUACACAUCCACCUAGUAUAGCAACUUUUUUAGAAAUGAUAAAAAAAAAGAUAUCUUUGUUGACAACAAAAAAACUUUAUUAUUAUCAAUUCGAUAAUCCUUGGAAUUCUCUCAAUGAAAAAAAAAAAAUAAAUUUUCAAAAAAUAGUUAUAACUAGAAUUCGACUUCUCGAUCACGGAUCCCUUACUUUAGUUGGGGAUGUACUGCAAAAAAGGACUCAAUUAUGUAAUGAUAAAACUAAAAAAGACUAUUUACCAAAAAUAUAUGAUCCGUUGUUGAGUGGUCCUUACCGGAGACGAAUCAAUUUAGUUUUAUUAUUCUCAAUGCUAAAUAAAAGUUCUAGAAAAAAUGAUAGUGAGAAAAAGAAAAUUUGGAUAAAUAAGAUUCAUGUUAUUUUUUUUAAUACUAAUUACCCACAAAUUGAAGAUAAAAUUGAGUCAGAAGAUCGAAGAAAAUCUUUCAACUUUUUCUUCGAUGGAGCUAAAGAAAGUGGUGAAAACUCGAUUGCAAUAAAAGAAAUAAGUAAAAAAGUUCCUCGCUGGUCAUACAAAUUAAUCACGGAGACAGACCAACUGAUCCAAGAAAACGACGAAGAUAUGCCGGAAGAUCAUCAAAUUCGUUCAAGAAGAGCCAAAAAUGUCAUACUUUUUAAUGAUAGGAAUAAGCUUACUGAUCGGCAAAAGGAGAACGAAAAAAUUAGAAAUAUUCCUACUAAUACUAAUAUCAACUAUACUGAUGAGUCUGAGGACUCAGAUCAAAUUUCUCUGAUACGCUAUUCCUACCAAUCGGAUUUUCGUCGAGAGCUAAUCAAAGGCUCUAUGCGUGCUCAACGACGUAAAACAUUUAUUGGGAAACUGUUUCAAAAACGUGUACAUUCUUUUCUUUUUUUUGACAGAGUAGCCAAAUCUCGUUUUUUUGAUAUUGCUGGUCUAAUGAAAAAACUUUUUAGACCUUGGAUAUGGACAAACACAGAAUUGACUAUUUCGAAUAAUAGAGAAGAAACGAGAAGCGAAAAUAUGCAAAAAAGUAGAAAGUUGUUGAAAAGCACCUUAGAAGAAAGACGUAUAGAAAUAGGAGAACUCUGGGAUAGCAUUCGAUUUGCUCAAGUAAUAAGAGGUUCUUUGUUAAUAACUCAAUCAAUUAUUAGAAAAUAUAUUGUCUUACCCUCAUUGAUAAUAGCUAAAAACCUUACCCGUAUGCUAUUAUUUGCAGUUCCUGACUGGUAUGAGGAUUUUCAAAAUUGGAAUAAAGAAAUUCAUAUAAAGUGCACAUAUAAUGGUAUUCCAUUAUCAGAAAACGAAUUUCCAAAAAAUUGGUUAACAGACGGUAUUCAAAUAAAGAUCUUAUUUCCUUUUCGUCUGAAACCGUGGCCCAAAUCUAGGUUAGAAUCCCCUGAUUCAAUAAAAGAGAAAAGGGAUUUUUCUUUUUUAACAAUUUUGGGAAUGGAAACUGACCUUCCUUUUGGUACUGGCACAAGAAACCUUUCGUUUUUUGAACCCGAGUUAAUAACCGAAAGAGCAAAAAAUUUAAAAAACUGGACAAAGAUGUGUAUUGGAAGACUUUUAAGAACAAAGUUGUUUAUAAAAAUUUUCAAAGAAAUUAUAAAUUUUUCAAAAGAAAAAAAAAAAGAGGUCACCGAAAACAUUUUAUUUAUAAAGAUAAAAGAAGGAAUAAAAGCACUUUUACAAAGAACCCCAAUUCGAUUAUUUCAAUUGAAAGAAAUAUACAAGUUGAAUCAAGCUAAAAACGAAAAAAAUUCGAUAAUAAGUAAUCGAAUGAUCCAAGACUCGUCCAUUGUAAUUAGUUCUAUGGAUUGGACAAAUUUUUCAUUGAGAGAAAAAAAAAUGAAAGAUUUGACUGAUAGAACAAACACCAUACUAAAAAAAAUUGAAAAAAUUAGAAAAGACACGAAACAAGAGUUGCUAAAUACAGAAAUUAGUCCUAACAAAAUAAGUUAUGAUGAUAAAAUAUUUGAAUCUCAGAAAAAUAUUUUAAAGAUAUUAAAAAAAAGAAAUGUACGAUUAAUUCGUAAAUCGCAUCAUUUUCUAAAUUUUUUUGUUGAAAAAUAUCUAUGUAUAUGUUUUCAACGUAUGAUUAAUAUGCCGAGGAAUGGCCAACUUUUUAUUGAAUCAAUAAAAAAAAAAUUUACUAAAUCCAUUUUCAAUAAUGAAUCAAAUCAAGAAAGAAUUGAUAAAAGAAAUCAAAGUAUAAUUGACUUUAUUUCAACUAUCAAAAAGUCACUUUCCAAUAUUACUAAUAAGAAUGGAAAGAUCUUUUUGGACUUAUCAUACUUGUCGCAAGCAUAUUUAUUUUACAAAUUAUCACAAACACAAAUUAUUAAUUUAUCUAAGUUAAGACCUGUCUUUCAAUAUCACGGAACAUCUCGUUUUCUUAAGAAUGAAAUAGAGGAUUAUUUUGUUGAAGUUGUUGGAGCACACGAAAUAUUACAUUCCGACCUAAAACAAAAUAAUCUUGAAAAUUCUGGAAUGAGAAAUCAAUGGAAAAACUGGUUAAGGGGUCAUUAUAACUUGGAUUUAUAUCCGAUUAGAUGGUCAAAAUUACUCCCCCAAAAAUGGCGAAAUAGAGUUAAGCAAGAUCGUAAAAAUAAAGAUUUUAACCAAUGUUUUUCAGAUGAAAAAAACCGAUUAAUUGCUUACAAAAAACAAAAUCAUUUUGAAAUAGACGACUCAUUACCGAAUAAAAAAGAUAAGAAAAUAAAAAAAUAUAUAUAUGAUUGUUUAUCAUAUAAAUCUAUUAAUUAUGAAGAUAAUAAAGAUUCAUAUAUUGUUGAAUUACCAGUAGAAGUAAAAAAUAAUCAAGAAAGUUCUUAUAAGUACAACACGGAUAAAUGUAAAUUUAUUGAUAUACUGACUGAUAUCCUUAUCAAUAAUUAUCUACGAGAAGAUGAUAUUAUAGAUCUGGAAAAAACUAUGGAUAGAAAAUAUUUUGAUUGGAGAAUGCUGCAUUUUUCUAUUAAAAAUAAGGUCGAUAUUCGAUCCUGGAUCCAUAUUGAGGCUGACACGAACAGUAAAAAAAAUACUAAAACUGGGGUUAAUCAUUUUCAACUAAUUAAAAAAAUAAAUAAGAAACAUUUGUUUUAUCUGACAAUUAAUCAAGAUAAAAAAAGCAACCGAUCCAACAAAAAAAAACAAACUUUUUUUGAUUGGAUGAGAAUGAAUGAAGAAAUACUAAGUGGUUCCAGAUCGAAUUUGAAACGUGGGUGGGUCUUUCCAGAAUUUUUGAUACUUUAUAAUGCAUAUAAGAUUAAUCCAUGGCUGAUACCAAUCAAAUCACUUCUUUUUAAUUUGAAUGGAAAUGAAAAAAAAUUGAAUGGAAAUGAAAUUUUUAGUAAAAAAAAAAAACUCAUUGAAAAGAAAAAAGGAUCUCUUUUUCUAUCAGCGAAGGAAAAAACUUUUGAAUUAGAAAAUGGAAAUAAAGCAGAAAAGGAAUCUGUGGCCAAAGAGGAUCUUGACUCAGUUCACUCAAACCACAAAAAAAAUCUUCAAGAAGAUUCUGCGGUAGCAGAUAGGAGAAAACGUAUAAAUCAAAACCAAUACGCGAAAAAGAUUAGCAAGGAGUUUGAGUUGUUACUAAAAAAAUAUUUUCGUGUUCAAUGCAGAUGGGAUGGUUCGGCAUACGUAAAUAAAAAAAUUUUCAAUAACAUCAAAAUAUGUUGUCUCCUGGUUAGACUGCUAGAUCCCAAACAAAUUUAUAUAUCCUCUAUUCAAAAUGGCAACCUGAGUCUGGAUAUUCUGCUAUCUUCGAAGGGCUUGAUUCUUUCAGAAUUAAUUAGAACUGGAAUACUUAUUAUAGAACCCAUUCGUCUGUCUGUAAAAAAUGAUGGAAAAUUUAUUAUGUCUCAAACCAUAGGUAUUUCAUUAGUUCAUAAGAAUAAGUACCAAUUUAAUCAAAAAUAUCAAGAAAAAGGCUAUCCUUAUAAGAGGAGUUUUGCUGAAUCCAUUGCAAUACCUCAAAAAAUGACUGAAAAUAGAACCAGCAAUUAUUAUGAUUUGCUUGUUCCGGAAAAUAUCUUAUCCCCUAGAGGUCGUAGAGAGUUUAGAAUUCUAAUUUGUUUCAAUUCUGGGAAUAAAAAUGAUAUCCAGAGAAAUACAGCAUUUUACAAUGGAAAUAAGGUGAAAACAGAUGAUCAAGUUUUAGAUAAAACAAGCAAACAUCUUGAUAGAUAUCAAAAUCAACUAAAAAAAUUAAAGUUCUUUCUUUGGCCCAAUUAUCGAUUAGAAGAUUUAGCUUGUAUGAAUCGCUAUUGGUUUGAUACCAAUAAUAGCAGUCGUUUUAGUAUGCUAAGGAUCCAUAUGUAUCCACAAUUGCAAAUUAGUUAA